AUGAUAAAGGUAGGUUAUGCUAGAAAUAACGGACUAACUCAUGUUAAAGAAGAUGAAAUUUAUUUGUUAACGCUGUUCGGGCCCCCUCAUUUCAGUGGACGACGUGGUGGUGAUCUUCUAGGUGGCGGAGGUGGAGGUGGUGAUCUUUUAGGUGGUGGAGGUGGAGGUGGGCUCUUUUUCGGUGGAAGAGGAGGUGGAGGUGAUUUCUUGUGUGGUGGAGGUAGGGGUGGAUCCUUUUUUGGUGGUGGAGGUGGAGUUGGUCUCCUUUUCGGUGGUGGAGGAGGUGGGUGUGACUUUUUAUGCAGUGCAGCAGGUGGGGGUGAUUUCUUAGGUGGAGGCGGUGGUGGGGUGGUGGAGGAGAGGGUGGCGGUGGUGAUGGCGGUGGGGGUGGGGGUGAUUUUCGGAUAUGAAACGGUGGAAGAGUUGGACGUCUGA